AUGGAAUUAUUGAAAAAGAUCGACUUUCGCAUUGGUACAAUCGUUUCCGUCAAGCCAAAUAUAAAAGCAAAAAAUCCUUCGUUCAUUGUCGACAUCGAUUUUGGCGGUACAAUUGGAAAGAAAACAACAUCUGCACAGUUACCAGCCACCUACACCGAACAUGAACUGCUGCAAUCAAAACAAGUUGUAUGUAUUGUCAAUUUUCCAAUGAAAAAAAUUGCUGGUUUGAAAUCGGAAGUACUCAUUGUUGGCUUUCCAAAUGAAAAAUCAAAAGUAUUUUUAUUAAAUAUUCGUAAUGUGAAAGUUCUUAAUGGCAAACAAAUUCUCUAUUUAUCAUCGACAAUGGGCACAAGUUCAAUGACGACAACAACAACAACAAUAGAUCAACACAUGGAAUCAACUAAUGAAUCUAAUAUGGCAAGUGCUACCAGUAAUUUUAAUGGCAAUAUUCUGCCUGAAAUAACCUAUGAACAAUUCGAAGCUGCCAAUAUUAUUGUUGGUACUAUCAAGCAUAUACAACAAGAACAGAAUUCGCAUGAGGCAACUUUAACAGUCGAUUUUGGUGAAACAAUUGGUGACAAAAGUUUUGUGGUUCAAAAUCUUUCUUCUGAUGUUGUUUACGGUCCAUCAACUCAAUUACCAGUUGCAAUCAAUGAACAGACUAACGAAAUCAUCCCAUUAGCCAUAACGCAAGAUGAUGAUCAUCAUUCGAUUGUUCUCCUUGGUGUUGAUCGGCAAGUACCAAAUGGAGGAAAACUUUAUUAG